AUGACAACUAAGUAUACGUCUAAUAACCUGAAACAAAAAAAGCUCAAUAAUAAUAUUGCAGCUUUUAUUGUUAAUGACCUUCAAUCUUUCUCGGUUCUUGAGGAACCAUCAUUUAAAAAAAUCAUUGAAGGUCUUGACCCCCAAAUUAAUAUGCCUAGUAAGGAUCGAUUAAAAGAAAUCCUUAUUAAUGCGGAAGACAAAAUUUUACGAAAUGUGCAUGAAUAUGUGCUUGAUGAUGCCGAAAUUAGCUAUGCAUCGUUUACCACCGAUAUGUGGACUUCCAACAAUGAUGAUCCAUAUAUUGGCGAUUUUCAAAUGAAAGAAAUGGUUGGAGAGAUUUCGUGUUUUCCGUAUCCUCACACGGCAGAGCGUCUUGCAAGUAAAAUUAUCGAAAUUCUUCAUAACCUUAACCUUAAAAAUAAGAUUAUCUGUAGAACAGUUGACAAUGGAUCAAACAUUAAGUCUUGUUUACAAAGGUUAGAACAAAGGCAUGUAUUACGAAGUUAUGAGGCAAAAGAACUAUCGUCUAACGAGUGGGAAAUGGUAACUGAAUUGAUUGAAUUGUUGCGACCUUAUGAGGUUGCUUCAAAAUGGUUGUCCGAUCAAGUAGAAGAACAAAGAAUAGCCUAUUAUAAUAAAAGAAGAACUCAUUAUUAUUGUUAUUGCUAUACUCCUCAACAAUUAGACAAGCUUUAUAAAUUAGAAGAGAAACUUGCUUAUACUGCUUGCUACAAAACUUAUUAUGAAGCUCUUAAUCUAAAAAACCCCAGAAGCUAA